AUGAUAGCCGAAUGCAAUUGCAAAUGGCUGACUGGAAGUUAAGAUGAAAGCUAUAAUGAAGAUGAGUUCAUCAAAUGCUACAGUGAACUUGCCUUUAGAUGCAAAAACAAUUUCACCCAAAUGCAUGAUUGCUUGAAUGAAGUCUAAAAUAUCUGCAUUCAGUAAAGUCAGACAUUAGAGCAUUUUAAAUGUGACAAGAAACUGAAGGAAUCAGAAUGUUAAGAUAUUUAUGCAGUUUCCUUGAAUCUAGGAAAAAUGCCUGAUAGCGACCUAAUAUCAAGAUUGUCAGAUGAGAACAGAUAAAAUAUGUCAAGUUUCAUAAACUCACUAGAAGUAGAUAAGAAAUCUCUCACUUCUAAUUCAUACAUGGAGGGUAAAGCAAUUGACUAACAAGUAAUGAAGGUUAUGUAUAAGAAUUUGGUGGAAAUGCAAAGAAAAUAUAUUGAUUUUAAGGAAUAGCAAUAGCCUAAAGCUAAUAUGGAAAUCUAAGGAAACAAUAAUGUUCAUUCAUAGACCUUCCUCAGCUCUUGA